AUGACUUAUGGUGAUAGCUGUAGCCCUAAUACAACAUUGCAGAAAAACUGCUUGGAACUAGGAAGUUGCUCCGAUAUCUACUGGUGGCAUCUGAUUGAAUUGACUCAGAAGAAUAGUUCAUCAUCUGGUCAGCAUUUCAACUCUGCUCCACAAGGGGCACAUGCGAGAGGAAAUUCUCUGAAACGUGUUGAGGCUUCGACUGGUUGUCGUGUGUACAUUAGGGGUAAAGGAUCAAUUAAGGAUCCAGACAAGGAAGAGAAGCUUCGAGGAAGACCUGGUUAUGAACACCUGAAUGAGCCACUUCACAUUUUGAUUGAGGCUGAUAUGGCUCCCAAUAUUGUUGACAUAAAGUUGCGCCAGGCUAAAGAAAUUCUAGAAGAAUUGCUGAAGCCUGUGGACGAAUCACAAGACUUUUACAAAAGGCAGCAACUUAGGGAGCUUGCUAUGCUGAACUCGAAUUUCAGAGAAGACAGUCCUGGUCCAAGUGGAAGUGUAUCUCCAUUCAAUACUAGUGGGCUGAAGCUUGCUAAAACAGGACGUUAAUUAUUUUUCUGUAUGUCUGAGUCAUGGAGCUGCCUCUGCGUCGCGUCAACGUCAAAAGGCUCACCUCCCAAAAGUGCUGACUGUCAGAGUGAGCACAACAGCUGCAUAUAGGGCAACAGUUGUUCGUGGUGAGCUAAUUGGUGGGUCAUUUCCCGUCGUUUUUCCUCCCUUCUCCUUUUCUAUUUGUCAUCUUAAAGUUUUUAUUUUCUUUUUUUCUAAUCUUUAUUAAUCUCUAUUCUGGGAGAAACAGUUUGGAAAGGGUAAAAAGGAAGAACAAAAGAAACUAUUUCCAAAAGAAAAAAAAAAAGGGGAAAGUCAUUGUAGUGUUUUUGGGUUAAGUUUUUUUGGCAUUCUGUCAGGUUCUUGUAAGUUGUAAGCUAUUAUAUUCAUUGGAUUUAUUCGUGUGUUAGCAAACGUGAACAGUGUGGGUAUAUAAAUAUAAGUAUGAAUAUUGCACAUUUGGGCAUUGGUAUUGUUGUA